AUGCUACCGUACCUCUUUCCCGACCUUGCUUCUUUUGCCACAGUCGCCGACCUCAUUACCCACCUGCGCACUAGUGACGCUCGCUUCCGCGCUGCGCUUCCUGCUGAGUUCUGCGCCAAGAACCCCCCCCCCCACUACUUCACUCUCUACUACAUUGUCACCCGCCUCCCUGACUCCCUCCGCGGAGUCAGGGACGACUUACUCUCAGUCUGCCCCACCACUCUCACUGUUAACAUCCUCGAGAAGUCCCUCCUAGCAGCCGAGAAGAGCAUUCUCGCUGUAGGGGCCUCUCGUGGUGACCCGCGCACCCCCAUCUUUGAGGGGUGUUCCCCCUCCCCCCUCCUGCCCUCUGUCGCCUCUGCUGCUACGGCCGACCUAGUUGGUUUUGAGUCGGUCGGUGCGGCGUCUGCCCCCAGUGGGAGACGUCGCUCUAGCAAGGGCAAAGGGGGCAGGAGCGGUGGUGGAGGCGGCGGGGGCGGUGGGAGCGGCGGUGGAGGCAGCGGAGGAGGUGGGGGUGGUAGCGGGAGUGGUUUCGGGAGUGGAGGUGUCAGCGGCGGCAGUGGAGGCGGGGGUGGCAGCGGCGGUGGUGGUGGGAGUGGAGGCGGAGGCGGCGGUGGCGGCAGCGACGGUGGGAGUGGCGGUGGCAGCGGAGGUGGUGGCGGCGGCGGCGGAGGAGGCGGCGGAGGAGGUCGUGGCUCGUCGCAGAGGAGUGGCUCCGGUGGCGGUCAGCGCCAACAACAGCGGCAGCAGCGUGGUCAGGAGACCCUCUCCCCGCAGCAGCUCCGUGAGUGGUACGCUGCACGUCAGAGGGGUGGGGGUACUGGUCCGUGCACCUACGUCUUGCGCACGGGCGACCGUGCGGGUGAGCCGUGUGGUGGUCCACACCCCGCCCAGCGCUGCUUCGGCCGCCUGACUGACGCUUGGCGCCGCCAGUUUCCUGACGCCUCUGAGAUCCCUCGCUGGGACCAGCUGUCUAGGGCAGGCGUAGCUAUCUUUGAUCUUGACUUUGAUGCUAUUCUUGCUGCCAUAUAUGCUGUGACCAUUAGUGAGGAGGGUGACUGUUACCGGUGUUUCCCGCCCGACCCGGGCAUUGGUACUGCGGCUCUAGGUGCUGUUGAGGCUGCUACUCCAGGUGCUGGUGAGGCUGUCGCUCUAGGUGCCAGUGAGUCUGUGUCCUCAGGUGCUGGUGAGUCUGCUCUCUCAGGUACUACGUCGGCUCCGCCCUCUCUCACCUUCACUCUUGACUCAGGGGCGUCUCGCUCCUUCUUUCGAGACCGCACCACACUCACGCCGCUUAGUCGGCCAGUGGCGGUCUCCCUGGCGGACCCCUCUGGGGGUCCUGUUCUGGCUCGCUACUCCACUGUCCUGCCGUGCCCUGCGGUCCCGUCUGGCGCCCUGUCCGGUCUCUACCUCCCCUCGUUCUCUACGAACUUGGUGGCGGGUGCUAACCUACAGGAUGCAGGGGUCGACCAGUUCACCCCUGCACGCCGACGGGACACCUACUGCACGGACGCGGACACGGGUCGACACUUGACCACGUUCACACGUGGGCCGGGGUCGAGCAUGUACACACUCACUAUUCCGUCUCCUCCUCCUGCGUCUGGUCAGGUAGCUGCGUCGGGUCAGGUGUUUGCUGCAGCGUCCAGGUCUGGUCCUGAGUCUGCCCCCUGCUCGUGUCGCCUCCUGUCCCACGAGACCCUCCUGUGGCACCACAGGAUGGGUCACCCCUCCCUGCCUCGUCUCCGGGGCAUGGCCUCUCGCCUUCUUGUCUCUGGCCUUCCCCGGUCCCUCCCUCCCCUUCCUCCGGGGCCUGGCCCUCCCUGUGUCCCCUGUGUCGAGGGUCGCCUGCGGGCUACCCCUCACUCCUCCCCGUUUCCUCCGACGGAGGCCCCGAUGCAGACGCUUCACAUGGACGUGUGGGGCCCAGCCCGCGUCCGUGGACAGGGUCACGAGCGCUACUUCCUGCUGGUGGUUGACGACUACUCGCGUUACACCUUAGUCUUCCCCUUGCGCAGCAAGGGUGAGGUCACUGAGAAUGGGAUUGCUGAGCGCCGCAUCGGCAUUGUCAUGGACGUCGCCCGUACGUCCAUGGUGCAUGCGGAUGCCCCCCAUUUUCUGUGGCCGUUUGCGGUGAGGUACGCCGCACAUCAGAUCAACCUUCAGCCCAGGGUCUCCAGACCGGAGACCUCUCCAGCUUUGCUGUGGACGGGGAAGGUUGGCGAUGCGUCGGCGUUCCGUGUCUGGGGAUCUCGGGCGUUUGUCCGCGACUUGUCUGCGGACAAGCUGUCCCCUCGUGCUCCUCCUUGCGUCUUCCUGGGCUUCCCCCCUGACGCACCUGGGUGGCAGUUUUACCACCCCACCUCUCCUCGUGUUCUGUCCUCCCAGGACGUCACAUUCGACGAGUCGGUUCCCUUCUACCGGCUCUUCCCCUACCGCACUCCGUCCCUCCCCCCCCCGCCCCUCUUCCUGGUCCCAGGUCCCCCCCUGGUAGACCCCCUCCCCCCUCAGGGUCCUGCCCCUUCAGGUGUGUCUCAGGUAGACGCGGUCGAGCCUGUCGAGGUCACUGGUGACUCUGGUGCUGCUGCGGGUGCGGAGCCUCGGGUGCUGAGACUGGGGGUGCUGAGACUGGGGGUGCUGAGCCUGGGGGUGCUGAGACUGGGGGUGCUGAGCCUGGGAGUGCUGCGCCUGGGGGUGCUGAGCCUGGGGGUGCUGUGCCUGGGGGUGCUGAGCCUGGGGGUUCUGCGUCCGGGAGUGCUGCGCCUGCUGCUUCUGUUCCUGGUGGUUCUCCAGACCGGUCUUCGCGCCGCGAGCCGCUCUCUCCUCUGGAGCUGCGUGAGUGGUUUGCCCGGCGCUGGAGGCGAGCUGCUGGAGCCGAGGGUACUGCGGGUGCUGCAGGUUCCGUUGCUGCCGAGGGAGCUGGUACCACGGGUCCCGGAGGUGCUCGUACUGCGGGUACUGGAGCUGCUGGGCCCGGGGGUGCCUCUGGAGCUGGAGCUGCUGCGGGUGCUGGCGCUGAGGCUACGACUGUCGGUCCUACUGCGGGUACUUCUGCAGCUGCUGGUGGUGCUUGAGUUGGAGCUGCUACUGGUGCUGGUGCUGCCUCUGGAGGUGUUGGUGCUGUCCCUGCUGUCUCUGGCGGUGCUGCGCGGCCUCGGCCGUACUUCGUUCCGCUCCUUCAGCAGGUUCUUGUCACAGUUACAGCCCGCCUCUCCCCUGCCUUCUCCUUCUCCCUACGCUGGUCCUACUGGAGGUCUUGCUGAGCGUCGUGAGCUUGCGUCCCGCCCUGCGUCGCCAGUCCGAGCUGCUCGCUCUAGUGGUCGCGGUUCGCGUCAGCGUCCUCCUCCUGUCCCUGGCACACACCAGAUGUCUCUGCGUCCGUCCACUGCUCCUCUGCGUGCCCCUUUGCCUUCUCCUCCUCAGUCUUCUCUUCCUACACUUGCCGACCCGGAGUCGGACUCUCGUCGUGCUGCCAGUCCUACUGUCACGCGUCUUCUUGCUUCUCUUGUCACUGACCCUUCCUUUGAGUCCGCUGCUGCGUCUGCCCUAGUUGCUGAGCUGGUCGACUUUGCUGCUGCGUGUCGUCUGGACUACGCUGCCAGUCUUGUUGCUGAGUCGGCUGAGUCUGCUCAGUCUGCGUCUGCUGCGUCUGCGUCUGCCUGUCCUCCGUCCGUCGGGGGUGACUGUGCUCUUGGCACGGACGUCCUUGAGGACAGGCAGGAGGAGUUCCAGUGCUUUGCCGCCGCUUUGCCCCAUCUCGUGUCCAUGCUUGUUGCCCCUGAGGGAGACCCGGAUGCUCUAGACAUCCCGACCCCACGCUCUUACGCAGAGGCGAUGGCCGGUCCCUACUCCUCUCAGUGGCAGUCAGCCAUAGACGCAGAGAUGGCUUCCUGGAAGUCCACAAGCACCUACGUUGACGCUGUCCCCCCUCCUGGGGCGAACAUCGUCAGUGGCAUGUGGAUCUUCAGGAUGAAGCGGCCGCCGGGUUCUCCGCCUGUCUUCAAGGCGUGUUACGUGGCUCGUGGCUUCAGUCAGCAACAGGGAGUUGACUUCUUUCAGACCUUCUCCCCGACCCCGAAGAUGACCACUCUUCGGGUUCUACUGCACGUCGCUGCUCAGCGUGACUACGAGCUACACUCUCUUGACUUCAGCACUGCUUUCCUGCAGGGCCGCCUGCACGAGGAGAUCUGGCUGCGCCGCCCUCCUGGCUUCACUGGGUCGUUCCCUCCUGGUACCCAGUGGAGCCUCCGGCGGCCAGUCUACGGUCUCCGCCAGGCGCCGCGUGAGUGGCACGACACACUGAGGACUACACUUGCGGCUCUUGGGUUUGCUCCUUCUACUGCUGACCCGUCGCUGUUUCUGCGCACCGACACCUCGCUGCCGCCGUUCUACAUCCUCGUGUACGUCGACGACUUGGUCUUUGCCACUGCGGACACUGCUGCACUCGCCCAUGUGAAGUCCGAGCUGCAGAAGAGACACACGUGCACAGACCUGGGUGAACUGACAAGCUAUCUUGGCUUGCGGAUCACCCGGGACAGAGCACGCCGCACCAUUACCCUGACUCAGUCACACAUGGUGCAGCAGGUCCUUCAGCGCUUCGGCUUCACGUACUCCUCGCCUCAGUCCACUCCUCUGCCUACGGGACACUCGCUCUCAGCUCUGCCUUCGGAUGAGUCCGUAGAGUCGAGUGGUCCGUAUCCAAAGCUUGUGGGCUGCCUCAUGUACCUGAUGACCUGCACUCGACCUGACCUCGCAUACCCUCUCAGCAUCUUAGCACGCUAUGUUGCUCCCGGCCGUCACCGGAAGGAGCACAUGGAUGCAGCUAAGAGGGUGUUGCGUUACUUGUGCAGUACGUCGGGCAUGGAGCUAGUGCUUGGAGGGCGUGAGCGGCCUGUGCUCACUGGGCACUCAGACGCUUCUUGGGCUGACGACCAGGCUACUCAGAGGUCGUCUCAGGGUUACACCUUCAGUCUUGGCUCUGGCUCUGUCUCUUGGCGCUCUACUCGCUCUUCUUCGGUUCUCAGCUCCAGCUGUGAGGCUGAGAUCUACGCCACGGCCAUGGCUGCCCAGGAGCUUCGCUGGCUCACCUACCUGCUGACUGACCUUGGAGAGCGGCCUCGUUCUCCUCUAGUGCUGUACGUCGACAACAAGGCAACCAUUGCCUUGUGUCAGGAGCACAGACUGGAGCAUAGGACGAAGCACAUUGCUCUGCGCUACUUCCUUGCUCGAGAGCUGCAGCAGCGUGGUCAGCUUCGCCUGCGUUUCGUGGCCACUGAGGCCAACACUGCUGAUGUGUUCACCAAGGCACUUCCGCCUCGUGACCAUCAGCGCUUUUGCACUCUGCUAGGCCUUGUGCCCACUGGGCCUCACUUGCUUACCUCUUGA